AUGAGGGAUCGGCCCGUCAUCAGCAUCGAAAUUUACACCAUAUACUGCGGCGAUGCUGAUGAGAACAAAGCAGGUGGCUGCGCGAUAGCUGUGAGGAACGAUUACAAGAACCUGGUGGAGGAAUUCGACUCAACGUCAUCUAGGUCGUCUAGAUGCGCCUUUGUACGACUGCGGGAUCGCAGAGGAAGUAAACUCUGGAUCGUAAGUGCACCUACGGAAACCGCUGAGGACAACAGUAAGGAUGCCUUCUAUGAUGAACUCAAUGCGUUGUUGUCUAAAAAACCAAGCCAGCGGGUGGUCAUUGUCAGAAUCGACGCAAAUGACUCUGACCACCGUCCAGUUCUUCUCAGCUUCAAGAUACGAUUCCACAAGAGAAACCGAGAAGUUCCUCUUCAACCGAAAAUUGACAUGGCAGGUCUGAAAGACGAAGAAUGCAGAAAAAAAUUCCGCCAAAGUGUGUGUCUAUUCAUGUUGGAGUACGGACCAGGAAGAAGCUUAGCGAUGCGGACUCCUUCACAAAGUGCAUUCAGGACGAAACGCUCCCGGUUCUAUUGCCGCGGAAGAAGUUUGCCUUUGCAUCUGCGGAAACAAAAUCCACGUACAAUUUUGUAUGUGUCGCGCGCAGCACUGGUGACUUUAACUAGGAAAAGCGUCUUAGAAGGAAGCUGUAUCGUCAACUGCAACAAUAUCGCGAUAACGGGUGGACGUUAA